AUAUUUAAGUAUGCGAUGGAGCACCAUCCUGCUGCAGAAUUUGUCCCUUUUUAUGGUUAGGAAUGUAAGAGGCAGCUAAGAUUUGUUGAUUUUUCAGACUAUUUAUGUUGCCUUCCACCCUGCAGAUCUUUCGCACACCCCCAUACUGGAUGUAACCCCAGACCAUGAUUUUUCCCCCACCAAAUCGUUUUCUGAGUGAAUCUCGGAUCCAUGCAGGCUCCAGUAGGUCUCCUGCAAUAUUUGCGGUGACUGUGGAGACUUUUGUCAGGGACUGUACAUAUCUAUAUUUGCCGUCAUCGCUCGAAAGAGGUGUCGGUUCGCGCAUGCACGGUAGCAAUCCGUAGCCCUCCGGUAGCCCAUCACGAUCGGGUAAUGACAUUUUCUAUUGUCAACGCCUCACCGGCCGCACACUUUACACCCGUUUACGGGAUUAGCGCCCAACAAAUAGGACAGGAGAGAUUAGGUACUGAUGGUGACAACGGGGUAAAUCCAUUAUGUGUGUUGUAAUAAAAUAUCAAUACUUGCCCUCAGUUAAUCGAUGAUUUAUUGUGACUGGGAGCGCAACAAUUUAUUGCAAUAUCGGGAUAUUCUCCAUCACUUGCAUAUGCAGUACUGUAGGUGUGUAUGCUUUUAUUUUGACAUGCAUAAAAGCGGAAGUGUUGGGACUUGCGUGGUCAAGUCAUUCGUGCAUCACGUUACAUGCGUGCUUGUACUUCCCUGGGACAGAAAGAACCAUUAAGCAACUUUUUAUUGCGCUCCUGCUGAGGCAACGCAUGUAUGUAUCUUACCAUAAUAUUGCUUGUUGAAUGUUUUCGUGUGAAAAUGUGCCAGUAAAACAAGUUUGCAAAAGUUAAAGUUACUUGUUUAAUAAACGUGUCGGUAAAUCGGAGAGUAGUGGACGUUGAUCGGUUUUGAUGUGCUGUUAGUACAGAAGUGUAAGCCUACAUAAAAAUGUUGGGUUGCGACAUCGAUGAGAUCGGCCGUCAAAACGGUACAAUGGCACCAUCAGGCGGUGGCCACAGUCGCCCUUAUGAAUUUACUGGCUACACCCCACUGUGUUAGAUAAUAACCUUAUCUGGAGAACUUCAUGUUUUGUUGUGUGUUUAAAUUGCGAAUCUAAAUAAUAACUUAAAGCUUUUUGAUUUAUGUUUAUUGCUAAUUGAGUUUCAAUUAUCUGAAUAUAAAUGCCCUACAGCGACAAGCUAUUAUUGAUAAAUUUGUGCUGAUUGCCGAACAAAUCAUGCAAAAGAUUGUGAUUUCUGACAAAUGCAGAGAGACCCUUCUUUAGAUUGAUGUACAAAAUGGUAUGCAGAUAAUAUAAUAAUAAUGUGACGACAAUCUAAAUUGCAUCAAUGGCAUGAGUGAAAAUACUUUGCAGUAAAAAAUUGUACCUUGCAGUAAUUAAGAGCAGCAUUUGCAUUAUUAGAACACAUGCGCUACACCAUAAAUGACACUAGUAUUUUGAAAUGUUUUGUUUGGAGGUCUCACCACAGCAUGUUUUCUAUUUCCAUGGGAGUUGGUACAUAAUCUUGAUAUGGACAUCAUUUGAUUCAAAACAAAUCACACAAGGCCAAAUAAUUUUCUUGCCAUAUCUCUCUUCCCACUACAUGUAAUAAAAAUAAAUGUGUAAAAUGACAUAUUUAGUUGUUAAAUGCAACUUCACAAUGCCCCAGGAGACAAAUGAGUGGAAAUGAUCAACUGUUAAUCACUGAUCUGAACUUUUGGACCGGAAGAACAGUGAAGCUUGCAGGAUACUACGUUGGACUCAACCAAAAAUGAAGGUCCUCAAAAAAGAUGAGCGAAUAACUGCUGAAUCCAUUCUGUUGAAACACUUACCCAAGAGUUUUCAGGUCUACGGAUUGUUAUAUGCUUAUAACAGAAACAAACCAAGUUGCAUACAGGUCAUUGUUGAUACAUGGCCUGAUUUUAAGGUCAUCAUUUGUCGCCCAGACCCAGAAAACAAACAAACCUCAGAAUGGAAAAACAAAAUAAUGUUCUUCAGCCUGGAUGAGCAGAUGUUGAGGAAAAUGUUGUCAGAAGAGGACACAAUAGACUGGAGCACUCAAUUUAUUAUUGGAGGCUAUGACAGUUCUUAUACUUCCAUGUUAAAAGAGGUUUCAUCGCAGAGAAUGGUCAACUUUAAACAUCGGGCGUGUGCACAUCUUCUGUAUUUGCCAGAUAGUAGCCAUCUGAUCACACAAGAAUUUGACAGUGAGCUAAAAUCGAGGAUUUCCCCUCUCCAAUUUUCACACGCUCAACUGGUGAAUCAAACCUGGAAGUUUGGAGGGGAUGAAAAGAGCUACAAGAAAAUCAUAAGCCAGAUCAACCACUUCCCUUCAUACUGCAUCACUGAUGGUCAGGGUCAGCCUGUGUCGUGGCUGCUUUUACAUGAAGACCAUGCAAUGGGAAUGUUGUAUACUUUGCCUGAACACAGACAAAAAGGUUAUGCCUCAGUCCUGAUCUACACCAUGGCCCAAAGACUCCUUGCUGAGGGUUACCCAUUGUUCUGCUAUGUUGAGGAAGGUAACAUGACCCCAUAUAAGCUUUUUAAAAGCAUGGGCUUUAUUGAGGACCCCGCUUACAGAGCGAUAUGGGUUGCAUUCAACACCUAAUUUUGAGAAUCAACCUACAGUGAGGAGCAGAAGUAUUUGCACCCCUUGCGAUUUUGCAAGUUCACCCACUUAGAAAAUAGGUAGAAGUCUGAAAUUUCAAUCAUAGAUGCAUUUCCACUUAUAGAGACAUAAUCUUAAAAAAAAUUGGGACCUCACGUUGUAUGAAUUUUCAAUAAUUUAUUUGGAAUUUACUGAGGUUUGUAAGUAUUUGUAUCCAUGAGAAAAUCAGUGCUAAUAUUUUGUGCAAUUACUUUGAUUGCAAUUACAGAGGUCAUACGCUUUCUGUAGUUCUUUCUAUUGGAUUGAGGUCAGGAGACUGGCUAGGCCACUCCAGAACCUUGAUAUGCUUUUUACGCAGCCACUCCUUGGUCAGCUUGGCUGUGUGCUUCGAAUCAUUGUCAUGUUGGAAGAUCCAGCCAUGACUCAUCUUCAGAUCUCUGACUGAGGGAAGGAGGUUGUGGCUCAAAAUCUGAUGAUACAUUUCACCAUUCAUCCCCUGAAUAAUACAGUACAGUCAUCCUGUCCCCUUUGCCGAAAAGCAGCCCCAAAGCAUGAGGUUUCCACCUCCUUACUUCGCAGUGGGGAUGGUGUUCUUGGGCUUGUACUCAUCCUUCUUUUUCCUCCGCACACGACAAGUAAAGUUUUCACAAAAAAGUUCUAUUUUGGUCUCAUCUGACCACAUGACUUUCUCCCAUGACCCCUCUGCAUCAUUUAGAUGGUCCCUAGCAAACUUUAGACAGGCAUUCACAUGCACUGGCUUUAACAGGGGAACCUUCUGAGCAAUGCAUGAUUUUACACCAUUGCACUGUCGUGUUCUACUGACAGCAGCCUUUGAAACUGUGCAUCCAGCUCUCUGCAGGUCAUUGACCAGCUCCUGACGUGUAGUUCUAGGCUGAGCCCUCACUUUUCUCAUCAUGGGUGAUGUCCCAUGAGGAGAAAUUUUACAUGGAGCCCCAGUUUGAGGUGGAUUAUCAGUCAUGUUUAGCCUUUUUCGUUUUCUAACAAUUGCUGCAACUGCUGAUUUAUUCUCACCAAGCUGCUUUCCAAUUGUCCCGUAGCCUUUUCUAGCUUUGUGAAGCUCAACAUUUUUUUUCUCUAUUGUCUUUCGAUAGCUCUCUGGUCUUUCCUGUGGUAGCAGUUGGAUUAUGACUGACUGUGGGGUGCACAGGGGACAAUUAUGAGCUCAAACGGGUGGUGGGUGGGUGGUUACUCAUGGGGUAAAGGUGGACUUUUUUUUAAGGUAAAUUGACAACUCUUUGAGUGUCAUUAUUCUGCUGAUUCUCAGGGGUACAAAUACUUAUGAACCCCAGCAAAUUACACAUAAAUUAUUUUAAAAAUCAUACAAUGUGAGUUCUGAAAUUUUUUUUUUUUUAGAGAACGUCUAUAUAGACCCUACUCACCAACGUCACAGAAUGACGUGUCGCUGUAUCCGGCCGCCAUAUUGUCCGUCUUUGUUUAUCCGUAUUCUCAAUGGUUUCAAUUUAUAGUGCAAUUCAUGGAAGCCCCGGUGCUUUCAGACGCUGUAAACUCAUUGGAUGCGUUGCAUAAAAGGCGUUAUGUGGAAAAGCUUCCGUCUAUCCAUUCGCCAGAUCCAUAUUUGAUGCCUAAAUCGAUAUUUUUCGACCCGCUGUCUUCGCCCUCUCUGCCUGACAUCUGCUACCCUGAUAUCUACAACUAUCUUGUCCACACAAAAUCAGCCUAUUCUCACGAAAGUUUGAAAAACUUUAAGAGCAGCACUCUAAGCAACAUUACCCCGUGUGACCCUUUACUUCCAAUUUUCUAAAAUGGCGACAAUCAAUUUUUUAAAAAAAAAGUUGACUGCGAUGGCCAACGCUUCAAGGAUAGGUGGAUAUUGGACUAUUUCUUCAAUAAAACACGCAACAACUGUGUCUGCCUCAUUUGCAAAGAGACAGUCGCUGUUUUCAGAGAGUUCGAUGUGACGCGAUAAUGAUAUUACCGAACAAGACACGCUGACAUGUACGACAACAUUACAGGGAAGAUACGCAGCGAGAAAUUAUAGCAACUUGAAGCUAGUUUAAUUUCACAGCAGCAGUAUUUCGCAAGAGCCCGAGUGUCAAAAGAGAACGCCACAAAGACGAGAUUGUUGAAAUUAUGAAUUAGAAAAAAUAGUAAAGCAAAUGUGACACACAGAAGGGCUUGCUAAAAUUUGUUUAAAUAUAUUGUUCUAUGUAAAUCAGCCAAGGUAGCCCCCCGCAUUUUUACCACACCAAAUCUGGCCCCCUUUGCAAAAGGUUUGGACACACCUGUUUAACUGAUGAUCCAUAGACGAGGCCAGCUUCUUUCACUUGGUACCAGCUAAAUAUUAUUCAAAAUAUAAUGAUGGUGGAAGAAAUAAGCAUCUUGAAUUUGAAACCGUAUGUUGUCGGCGAUUAGCCUCGCAAUUAUCUUAAUUGUGGUUGUCAGCCCAAAACCCUCUAAAUAUAUAUUAAAUGCAUCUUACCAGAUAUAAAAUGACUACUACAUAAUCUGUGGUGAUCGUUUGGUGCCCAGUUUUCUCGUCGAAUUGCAGCAGUCCAUCUCGCUCUCCUCUCCGGGUCUCUCGGAAUACGGUAGAACUUCAAGUCUCUCCAUCUAUCUUCUCUGUUAUUGCAACCAACCGCCACACACGCCUUCACCAUUAUGAUUAUUAAUGUUAACGAGCAGAAAAACACGCCAUAAUAGGAGGAAUUUACGUAGCGGUAAUGCGUAAACACGACGACCUGACGGACAAUAUGGCGCGGAGGUGUGGUUGUGACGUCAUGUGAGUGGGGUCUAUAAGUGGAAAUUUACCUAUGAUUGAAAUUUCAGACUUCUACCUAUUUUCUAAGUGGGUAAUUUGAAAAAUCACAAGGGGGGCAAAUACUUCUGCUCCUCACUGUAUAUACAUAUCAACAUGAACAAAACAUGACAGUUAAGACAAUCGCUUGCCGAGGCACAUAAAUUGUGGCUUUUACAUCCUUUAUGCCUAGUAGAGAGCAUUGUGAGGUGCUAUUCGCAAAAUCAUGUUUGACAUUUUGCUUAAUCAUACAUAACAUUCCAGAUGCCUUUACCUAACUAAAAGCUAAAAAUUGCUAACUAUUUUAGUAUUUAGCCAUUGGUAACGUGAAUAAAAUCUCAAAGUUGCUGCUUCAGAUAUGAGCUUUUGCUAUUGUAAUGAAGGGCUUAUAAUUGUUCCUUUUGACCAAUGUUUAUGUACUUUUUGCUCUACAAUAUUUUUUAACACAAAAUAUAUUUUUCCAUUGCCAUGUGGUUCACUAAAUGUGAACAAUGAAGACCUUAUAUAAAGAUACAUUAUUACACCUAGUGGAGUCAGACUGAUCACUUGUCUUGUGGCUUUUCCCACAUGAAAAUUGCAAAAUGAAGAGCCAUGUAGCCAGUUUUGAUUAUGUUUUAUUCUUUUGUUGAACUGUAUCUUCUAGUUUAUUAAAAAAAACUAGUGAAACGCAAUGGCUCGUUUGCUACUUCCGAUUGUCUGCAGGAAUUGUGAACAUUGUUUAAAAAUAAGUUCAAAUGUUGAUGGCAUGGAUUGAACCUAUAAUGAACAACUAUAUUCAAUUCUUGUUCCUAAUCCACCAGAACCACUGUAUUUCUAUCAACCUUAAAAACAAUCACAUGUAAGAUAAGACAUUAUAACUGUAAAUAUCACAAGCAAAUCGCGUCUUGGCUAAAAGUCAGCUUUAGUCGGCUACUAAAAUUGAGUGUGCAAAGUACCUUGGUUGUAUUAAACAUUAUAGUAAUCAUAAUUAUGGAUGUGGAUUUUGCCCAACUCCCAAAGGUUGGAGGCAUCAAGGAACUUUUUGUAUAUGUUCACCAGACUUCUUCUGAGUUUGUCUUUCUGACGAAACAGAUCACCUUUCGCUGGAUCUGAAAAAGAAUACAGCAUUAUGGAUAAUAAAGCCUAUUACAAACUCUAAUUCCCCCCAAAUUUCAGUGUUUUUACACCUCUCAAAAACUUUCAGGAAUUUGCAGCCCCUAAAUUAGUUAUACUCUAUUUUAUUUGAAGACGAUAGAAAUGUGUUAAAUGAAAUAACUUGUUUUCACCUCUGUUCUCUGAACUCUUCUAAGCGAAUCAGCCACUUUUCCCAAAACUCCGACAUAAGCUCACGGUUCAGUUGGUGUGCAUGAGCAGGUGAGCCAUCCUUGUAAGCAACAACAAUAAGGCCGUUCUCCACCUGCAAGAACAGAAUGGGUGAUGAGCACUAGUAACUAAAGCUGGGCGGUAAACCGAAAAUUUACCGUCACCGAAAUUCUUCACGAUGACCGACAUAAUUUUGACCAUGUCGGUAAAUUUGGUAAUUUAAAAAACCAAGAAAAUAUAGUCUUUUCAUGCCGCUUUGACUCGUCUUGUUCGGCUAUGUUCAUUCCUUUUUAAGAAAGUAGUCAGUGUGCUUACGUAUUAAGUCGCGUGGUUAUCAGGAAAUCAACAAGCCCGGUAGGCUAACGCUACAAGCAAACGUGAUGGGGUCCGGCUUAAGGGAACUUUGCCAAACUUUCACCCGACAUUAAGUAGACUCUUUGCGGCUUCCAGACGGGCUUUCACCCGCUGUCCUCCUUGUUUUUACAAUUUCAGGAGAGGAUGCUUUCAGUGCUUUCUACUGGUAGCCAGGCCACAGGCUAACGCUAGCGGCUAACGCUACAAAUGAAUGUGAUUGAGUUGGAUAGCCGCUCUAACUUUGUCGAAACGGCUGAAAUUAAUGACUGCAUCUAGCAGUCAUUAUGUCGCGUUAUUUUGUAUCUCUGUGUGAUUCCUCUGAUAGCUUUUAUGAUGUUAAAACAUUCAGCAUAAAGUAUAAUCCAACAGUAAAGCCUAUGACUGUUUAAUGGCCCCAGUUAUUUUCUGUAUGUGCUUGCUUCAUUCUGUGUCAUAACUGCAAUCAUAAAAUCUUAAAUGUUUCAUUGGCAUAAGAGCAAUAUAGCUUUAAUAAGGUUGUGUUGGUAUGGUAUGGUAUAACCAGACCCGGCUGCAGAAAAAAAACUGCAGGGGGGGCGGGCAUUACAUUUUUUGGGGGAGGACACACGUCUUCAACGUAAAUUUAGCCUGAACAGUGGCGUUAUUACCAGUACAUUACUACAUCAGUGCACUGAAAUAUUUUGUCACUGAAGUCACAAGUGGUAGUUCAUCGUAAAAUCUAUAAGACAAACGAAAACAUAACUGUCAACCCGAGGCCGUUGGCAAUCUUACAAAUAGUGACGUAUGCCCUUACAAAUUGGCGACUAAUCUUACAACGUUCUAUAUAGUAGGCCUGAACGAUAUAUCGUUUAAACAUCGCCAUCGCGAUGUGCGCAUGUGCAAUAGUCCCAUCGCAAGGACGUGCGAUAGUUUUUUAAUUUCAUUUUUUUUAAUCCACAAACGUUUGUUUUGAGGAAGGAGAGGGAAAAAAAGCACACAGUUUCUCUUUCUCUCCAGCAAGUCAUCGGCUCCUCCCCCUCCCCCUGCAACAGCAGAGUGGAGGGAGGAGGGGCCGAACAGCAGAGCGGAGGGAGGAGGGCCCGUUCUCAAAGUGAAAGCAAGCAAUCAACACGUUGGAGGAGCAAGGAAGACUGUAUCCAAAAGGAGUUUUGGAAGUAUUUUGGCAAGAACAAGACUAUAAGGGACAAAAAACAGCCCUGUCGACAGUGCCUCGCCAUGGUUGCCUCAACAAGAAGUAAUCUGUCAAACAUGUGGGACCAUUUAAAACGCAGGUAUCUAUGCAUUCCUGCUACGAGCUCCCCAUCAGAGGCUUUUUAGCACAGGUGGGAACAUUGUCACGUGCCAACGUUCUUGUCUCAAGCCUGCUAUAGUGGAUAAACUAAUAGUCUUGGCCAAAAACCUAUGAGACCCAGUUGAGAAUUGCUGAGCAAGGAAGGUGGACGAUAUGCAGACAAAUACAUAACACAGCUGAAGGAAUGUCUUUUCUUCUUUUUAUUCAUGUGACAGCUAUCAGGAAGGCAGGAAAUUUGGGAGUUAAAAUGGUUCUGUUAUUCAUCACAGUUAUUUGCAGUUAUUCAGUUCAAUUAUUUACAAGUUCAAUUGAGUUUGUUUCUUUUAUAUUUAAAUUUAUUGUAAACCGUAUUUUUCAAAUAACUAUAUAUAGUACAGCUGCACAUAAAGUUUUGAUACUUAAUAUUUUUGUUGAAAUAUUUUUACAACUUUGUUGCCGUUUUGCAGUUUUAUAUUGUUAUAUUUUGUGUAAACAACUCAGGGGACUAAUGCACUUGCACUUUUAUUAGUCAGAUUUAAUAUUUAAGUUCAAAAAUGUUGACAACUUUGUUGUUUAACUGAGGUUUUUAUGUAUUGUUAUAGUUUGUGAACUCUUGUCAUAUUUAAUAUUUUUGUUCAAAUAUGUUGACAACUUUGUUGUUUUACUGAGGUUUUUAUUUAUUGUUAUAGUUUGUGAACAACUUUUAUUUGUCAUAUUUAAUAUUUUUGUUCAAAUAUGUUGACAACUUUGUUGUUAUUUUACAGAAGUUUUUAUUUAUUGUUAUAUUUUGUCAAAAACU